CUCCAACGCCACGCCGUUUUGUCCUUUCUUCCGCUUCCCCUCUCUCUCUCUCUAUUCUAGCGUGAACGUUCACUUCCCCGAGACAGAAAAAAGAAAAAAAAAUGAAGCAGCAAAUCCACCAGCACCACUUGUUCACCUCCUCCGCGCCACAACCGCCGGCCCAGCACCUCCGCCAUCAACUCCCCGCCGGAGCCUCUCGCCGCCACCGCCAUCGCCGAGUGACGCUCUCCGUCCGUUCCGUUGGAGCAUCUACAAGUAACUCCGAAGAAUGCGGCCAGAGUCAAACCAGCAGUACUGGCGCCGCCGGGACGAAGAGAAGACAAGUUCUGAUCGCUCCGCUACUAACUCUCGGGUUCUCCGUCCUCCACUCCGCCGUCUCGAGGGCGGAUGAAGCUGUUCUACAAUCGCCGCCGGCUACUCCUCCUCCUCUUCCAUCUCUGUCUCCGCCUCCGCCACCGCAGGUCCAACCGCCAACGGCCGCGGAGACAGCGAAGAAGGUGGAGGUCGAGGCGAUUCCGAUAAACUCGAGAAUUUACGACGCGACGGUGAUUGGAGAGCCUCUGGCUAUGGGGAAGGAGAAGAGCGCCAAGGCAUUGGAUAAACUGACGAGUGCUAGGGUAGUGUACUUAGGCGAGGCGGAGCAAGUUCCGACGCGGGACGACAAGACGUUGGAGCUGGAAAUCGUCAAGAGCUUGAGGAGUCGUUGCGUAGAGAGCCAGAGGUCAAUUUCGUUGGCAAUGGAGGCUUUCCCUUGCGAAUUGCAGCCUAAGAUCGACGAAUUCCUUGACAAAAGGAUAGAUGGAGAAGCUUUCAAGUCUAUCCUAUCAAAUUGGCCACCUGAGCGAUGGCAGGAAUACGAGCCUCUUUUGAGCUAUUGCCGCGAGAAUGGGGUUAAGAUUGUUGCUUGUGGUGUCCCACCUAAGAUCCUGAGAACCGUCCAAGCUGAAGGCCUCCAUGGGCUUUCAAAGGCGGACCGCAAGCUGUAUACACCACCAGCAGGUUCUGGGUUCAUCUCGGGUUUCACCUACAUCUCCCGCAGGCUAAAUGAUUUGAGUUCUGCUGAAAACCUUUCGAUUCUUCCCAUCGGCCCCAGCUCGUACUUAUCUGCACAAGCAAGAGUUGUCGAGGACUACACCAUGUCCCGAAUAAUCUUGCAAGCAGUUAAUGAUGGUGGGGCUUCUGGACUUCUGGUGGUGGUGACAGGUGCAAGCCAUGUUACUUAUGGGUCAAGGGGAACCGGAGUGCCUGCUAGAAUAUCGAAGAAGUUGCAGAAAAGGAAUCAAGUUGUCAUACUGCUGAAUCCCGAGAGGCAGUUCAUCCGAAGAGAAGGUGAAGUUCCUGUUGCUGACUUCUUGUGGUAUUCUGCUGCAAGACCGUGCACCCGGAAUUGCUUUGAUCGUGCUGAAAUUGCUCGAGUUAUGAAUGCUGCUGGUAGAAGGAGAGAUGCACUACCACAGGAUCUUCAGAAUGGUCUUGAUCUUGGUUUAGUAUCACCAGAGGUGCUGCAGAACUUCUUUGAUCUGGAACAAUAUCCUCUUAUCAAGGAACUCACUCAUCGUUUCCAGGGUUUCAGAGAGAGGUUAUUGGCAGAUCCAAAAUUCCUGCAUAGGUUAGCCAUAGAAGAAGGUAUAUCGAUCACCACUACCCUAAUAGCACAGUAUGAGAAACGCAAGGAGAAUUUCUUCGAAGAGCUCGACUAUGUGAUUACAGACACUGUCAGGGGAUCUGUUGUUGACUUCUUCACUGUGUGGCUUCCUGCACCGACACUUUCUUUCCUUUCAUACCCUGAUGAUUUGAAUCCCUCUGAAAAUAGCGUGGAGGCUUUAAAAGGCCUGCUGGGUUCCAUCCCAGAUAAUGCAUUUCAAAAGAAUCUUGCGGGGAAAGACUGGAAUCUGAGUCACAGAGUUGCAUCUGUGCUUGUUGGUGGUCUUAAGCUUUCUGGUGUAGGAUUUGUUUCCAGCAUUGCAGCUGUGGCUUCUUCAAAUGCUUUAUAUUCAGUUCGCAAGCUCUUUAAUCCAGAGUUGGUGACUGUUCAAGGAGUUAGAAGAUCUCCAAUACUCAAAACCGCAGUUGUUUAUGCAAGCUUUCUGGGCAUAUCAGCAAACCUGAGAUAUCAGAUCAUUGCCGGAUUAGUUGAGCAUAGGAUUUCUGAUGAAUUCGCUUCACAGACAAUACUUGUAGCUAUGUUGUCUUUUGUUGUUCGGACUAUCAACUCCUACUGGGGAACCCAGCAAUGGAUCGACCUCGCACGCUUUUCAGGGCUACAAAAAAGAAAUGAUGAACCAGCAGCUUCUUAUCAGACAGUGGAUCUUCCUAUAAAUCCUGUUGUGGGAUGCGAAACUACUGACGAAGCGAGUACCGAAGAAAUCAAGAACUAAUGAGGUGAGAAAUGCUUCACUGGAGCAUUGUAAAGUAUACAUCCCAACUCAUAAUCUUUGAUGAAAGAUAACAACCACAGUUUUGAUACCUCUCUUUCUGUUCUUCCUUCUCUCUGAAAUACAUGUAUCAUCAAAUUUUGGCGCGAAUGUGGAUAAUUAAUGUACACCUAGAAGACUAGAACAGGUUAUUUUGAACUUCUUCUAGUCCAGCGGAGUGUACAGCAUCCAAUGUUAUCUUCAUGUUGAGCCGCUGUAGAGGGCCACGUUUGUGCUUGUAUCAAUGUCAACUUCAGACAACCGAAACCGAACCUGUGAAGUGCGAUAAGCUCUUAACGGUUUCAGUUUUGGCAAUUGCCUAAUUUGGUUUUCGGUUUCUAAUGGUUUUCAAAUUGGUUAACCGAACCAACACCACUGGGUGUAUGUGGGCAUUAUUUUUGUAUAGGUUGACUUGCGCUCCAAUCAAUUGUGACAAAUACAAGGAAAUGAGUGGUUAAAUAUGGA